AGUAUGAAUAAAAAUGAAAAAAUUCAAUUAUUACGAGAUGCAAUCGUCAGUUAUCCUGAUUUUCCUAAGCCUGGUGUUAUAUUUCGGGAUAUAUUUGGAAUAUUCCGCAACAUUGUAGCAAUGAGAGCAAUGAAAGAUUUAAUAGUGGAACAUAUCUUAUUUUUGGAGGUUGAUUUAGUUGUAGGUUUAGAUUCAAGAGGCUUCCUUCUUGGACCGAUUAUAUGCAUGGAAUUAGGAAAACCUUUUCUGCCAAUUAGAAAAAAAGGAAAGCUUCCAGGAAAUGUUGUGCAACAUGCUUUUACUCUUGAAUAUGGAGAAGCAACUUUUGAAAUACAGACAGAAUAUGUAAAAAAAGGAGCACGAACAAUUAUUAUAGAUGAUCUACUAGCGACAGGAGGUUCUAUGGUAGCUGCAAUAAAGUUAUUAAAGUUAAGCGGAGCUGAAGUGAUUGAAUGUUUAACAAUAAUCGAAUUAUCUGGAUUAAAAGGGAGAGAAAAGCUUGGUAUACCUGUCCAUUCAUUGGUUCAAUAUGAUUAACCUUUACUGUGAGGUAAUGUGGAAGCACAAUUUCAUUUAAUUCUUUAGACAAUAUUAAAUGCAAUAUUAUUAACAUUCUUAAAGCAAAGCAUUUGAACAAAAAAAAACAAUAUUUUUGUAAAAUGUAUCUGUAC